AAAUUUGAAUCUGGGCGACGUAAUGUAUGGCGAUUUUGACAGAGAAAUAAUUGUGAAUGGGUGCUAGGUAGAGUGCCGGAGUCCCAGGACAGGUAAAUUUAACAUAAUAAAAAUCAUAGCGUUAUUGCCAGUGGCCCAAGGAGCCCAUCAUGGCGACACCCACCAAACGGCUGGCCUUGGAUACUGUAGCAGAGAAAGUGCUGUUGUACGAGGCCUUUAUCAGUGAUGUAUUGCAGCGAGACUUGCAAAAAGUGCUGGAUCACCGAGACGAGGUGUAUGAGCAGCUGUCUGUAUACCUUCGACUGAGAAAUGUCAUUGAGCGACUACAGGAAACUAAGCGCUCGGAGUUACAUAUGCAGGUGGAUUUGGGCUGGAACUUCUUCGUUGACACAGUGGUCCCAGACACUUCCCGCAUCUAUGUGGCCCUGGGAUAUGGUUUUUUCCUCGAGUUGACACUGGCUGAAGCUCUCAAGUUCAUUGACCGGAAGAGUUCUCUCCUCACAGAGCUCAGUGACAACCUCACCAAGGACUCUGGGAAUAUCAAGGCUCAUAUCCGCAUGAUGCUAGAGGGACUUAGAGAACUACAAGACCUACAGAAUUUCCCAGAGCCAUCUCCCCAUUGACUGCUUCUUCCCAUCUAAUAUUAAAGAGCCAAAUGCCUUGGAGAAAAAAAAAAUCAUAGAAAAUACCAUCUCUGAACCAUAAUGAAAUGAAACUGAAAACCUGGAACAGGGAAAAUUGACAGCAGAAAAUAUAUGGCAAUUAAUGUUUUUCACUUACAGUGGAAGAAGUCACAAAGGACUUAGGAACCCUUCUGAGAUAAAUAAAAGAAACACACCAACA